AUGACCCUCGACUGGUCCUGGUUGAUGCUUGUCGCCACCCACGAAUUCGACGAAAUGACUUGUCGCCAUCCACGAGUUCGACGAAAUGGCCCUCGACUUCUCCUGGACCCGGAUCGGCAAGACGGCCAGGGCCAGUCCCGGUUGAUGCUUGUCGCCAUCCACGAAUUCGAUGAAAUGGCCCUCGACUGGUCUUCAAUGGCUCGACUUCUACUGCUCCACCAAGAGUGCACGGUUCGAUCGGUAAGACGCUCGUCGCCAUCCACGAAUUCGACGAAAUGGCCCAUGGCUUGUCGCCACCCACGAAUUCGACGAAAUGACUUGUCGCCGCCGUCCACGAGUUCGAUGAGCUGGACCCCACGCACGGUUCGAUCGGCAAGACGGCCAGGGCUUGACAAGUUGAUCGUCACCUCCAAAAGAGACUCCAGCCACGGCGCGCUCCUCACCGGCGGGCUACCCGGCCGACGACAUCCCCAAUACCACUUCCACAAGGCCUACAACACGACUGUCGGCUCCGCUCUACCACAUAUCGGCGGGCAGGCCUGCAACACGACUGUCAGUCACCUAGCUCGCGAGGCAUCCAGCAACACGACGGCACCACGGCGCGCUCCUUACCGCCAUGUAGUCCUUGAUGCCGAGGCUCCGCUCUACCACAUAUCGGCGGGCUGCCCGGCGGACGACACCUCUGGCCCGCGAGGCCUUUAG